ACCCAAAACCAAAACAACCAUAGUUCACUCUCUCACUCUCUCUGUUCUAUUUCAAUUCCAAGUGCUUUUUCAAGAAAGCAAAGAGAUUGGGUGGCUUUUUACAAUGGAGGACAGUGCAAGAAGUGGGUUGCGUGAAUUCAAUUUGGCUUCAAGAAAGGCUGAAGAAGCAGCUUGGAGGCGAUACCAAGCAGUCAGUUGGCUUGAAAGUUUGGUGGGUCCACUGGACAUAUCGAAGCAGCCAUCAGAGAGGGAGUUCAUUUCUUGCUUGAGAAAUGGUCUGGUCUUAUGCAAUGCCAUCAACAAGAUUAACCCAGGAGCAGUGCCCAAGGUUGUGGAGAAUCCGUCACAUUUACAAUCGGUCCCCUGGGAAUCGCAGCCACUGCCUGCCUAUCAGUACUUUGAGAAUGUCCGGAACUUUUUGGUGGCUGUUGAAGAGCUGAAGUUGCCUGCUUUUGAAGCUUCUGAUCUUGACAGAGAUGCAAUGGAGGCAGGGUCAGCAGCAAAGGUUGUUGACUGCAUAUUGACUCUUAGAUCAUAUCAUGAAUGGAAGCAGAUGGGUGGUGGGAAUGGAUUUUUAAAAAAUGUUAAAUCUCCAUUCUCCGUGCAUUCUGCUAGUAGGAUGCAUCCUAGAGCCUCAGCUGCAAUCUCGUCAGACUCCUGUAGGCGCUUAGAUAUGUCUGCAACAUGUGAGAAACAGCCACCUAUUGACAGUGACAAUCAAAAACAGCCACCUAUUGAAGCAGAUAUAGAAUUAAUUGUCAAGUUAAUUGUUGACUGCAUGGUUGACUCAAAAGAAAACAUUGAUGAGAACCUCCUUGCUUCCUCCCGUAACCGAAACAUGGAUCCAGUAAAGCUAUUCAGUAGAAUCAUGUCAAGUUGUUUGGAGGAACAGGUUCAGAAUAAGUUCCCUGAGUUGCAAAUGAAGUUAAAAGAUUUAUUGAAAGAUAGAAGUAGCUCAGCUCUCCGAUCGACACAUAUGCCUUUGGAGGAAAUAUCUCCCCUUGAAAAUUCCAAGAGUUGCAGAGCUUGCUUGAGCAAAGGUAACUGCAAACAUAGGAGUCUAUUUCAAAUGCAAGAAAAGGAACUUUUGGAUCUCAAGGGCCUUUUGUCAUCAACAAAGAGGGAAUUCAACUACUUGCAGUCCCAGGUGCAGAGAGAUUUGAAAGACCUAGAAAGUCAGGUACAGGAGUUGUCUUUUGCUGCUGUUGGAUAUUACAGGGUUGUAAAAGAGAACAGAAAUUUAUACAACAUGGUCCAGGAUUUGAAAGGUAAUAUUCGAGUUUACUGUAGAAUUAGACCAUCUUUCAGUUAUGAAGCCAAAACUGUGAUAGAUUUCGUUGGAGACAAUGGUUCACUUGUGAUCUUAGACCCACUAAAACCACAAAAAGAUGGAAGGAAAGUUUUUCAGUUUAACCGGGUGUUUGGUCCAGCUGCCACCCAAGAUGAGGUUUUUAAGGACACACAACCACUAAUUAGGUCUGUGAUGGAUGGUUACAAUGUAUGCAUUUUUGCCUAUGGUCAAACUGGAUCUGGAAAAACACAUACCAUGAGUGGUCCAUCAGGUGGGUCAAUGAAGGACAGGGGGAUUAAUUAUCUUGCUCUGAAAGAUCUGUUCCAGCUGUCUAAUAGAAGGAAGGACAUCAUAAAUUAUGACAUUCAUGUCCAGAUGGUCGAAAUAUAUAAUGAACAAGUACGAGACCUGCUUACAGAAGAUUCAUCAACCACCAAAUUAGAGAUUCGGAGCUGUACUGGUGACAAUGGCUUAAGUCUUCCAGAUGCUACAAUGCAUCCUGUUAAGUCCACCACUGAUGUUCUGAAUUUGAUGAAACUUGGUGAGGUGAAUCGUGUUGUCAGCUCUACCGCAAUUAACAACAGUAGUAGUCGUUCCCACAGUGUCCUCACAGUACAUGUGCAUGGAAAAGAUAUAUCAGGAAGCACUCUCCAUAGUUGCCUGCAUCUGGUAGACCUUGCCGGAAGUGAACGAGUGGACAAAUCUGAAGUUACAGGAGACAGGCUUAAGGAGGCACAGUAUAUUAAUAAGUCUCUUUCUUGUUUAGGAGAUGUUAUUACAGCCUUGGCUCAGAAAAGCUCUCACAUUCCUUACCGAAACAGCAAACUCACACUUCUUUUGCAAGACUCCUUAGGUGGACAUGCUAAAACAUUAAUGUUUGUUCAUGUGAGUCCGGAAGAAGAUUCAUUUGGUGAAACAGUCAGUACUUUGAAGUUUGCUCAGAGGGUUUCAACUAUUGAACUUGGUGCUGCUCGUGUGAACAAGGAGAGCAGUGAGGUUAUGCAACUCAAAGAACAGAUUGAGAGCCUUAAAAAGGCCUUGACAAGAAAGGAAACACAGAAUAUGCAGUUCAGCAAAAUAAAGGAGCCAAGAUCUCCAACUGAAAGACCAAAAGCAGUGCCUGAGAGAACCCCUCCACGUCCUCGAAGACUGAGCAUUGAAAAUUGUAGCGCCACAAAGACUGAGAAAGCAAUGAAUAAUGAAGAUAGGAAGGGAACCCCUUCCAUACCAACUCGUUCAAGAAGAUUGAGUUCAGAAGGUCAAAAAUAUGCUAAGAAGGAUAAUUUGCUGAUAAAAUUGUCAGAUGAUGCAAUCAAACCUCAACCAUUUGAUGCAGUAUCAAUCCCAAAGUAUGGCCAAAUUCAAGAUGCAGAAGCAGUUACAAGGCCUUUUGGGCAUUUCAGCAAUGGUGGUUCCAUGAUGGAGGCCUCUCAUGCCAAGGCUCCUCGAAGUCCUACUAGUACUACCUAUCAGAAGCGAGUUAUUAGAACAGAUGGUAGAACACAAAUUCCUACUCUUCAGCUACCAAAGUCACCUGAACCGCCGAUACAUGCCAGAAAUGAGGUUCAGAAUAUGAUGCAAAGUGAGCUCACUCUUUCUACAGAUUUCCAAACACCCAACUUGAUUGGUAGCACAAAUGGUAAGGGAUCUCAAAUAAGGAGAUCACUGCGGACAAUUGGAAAACUGAUCAACGUCUCUGAGAAAAGGAACCAACAGAAUUUGAUGGAACUCCAGACACCAUUCAAAGGUGCUACUAAUGUCAUUGGUCCCAAGUCACCAGUGACAGCUAAUGCUAGGACUCAUAGGAGACAAUCGCUAACUGGCAUUCCAGCGUCAGGGUCUGACAAGUCCCGAAGAUCUUCUCUUGGAGGGAAGUCAAAUGAUUCUAACACAAAAGAAAAUAGGAAUGCUAAGACACCUCCUCCAGUACACCCAUCAACAAAGAUAAGUAAGAGGUGGCUAUAAAUAGUAUGAUGAUGCUAGUUGUAUGACUGCAGCGGCGGUGCUUUGACUCGAAGCAUACUGACAUUGCUGACAUUUGAGUUACAACAUAACUCCAACAUUUGCCUAGAAAGAGAUUUUUUCUGUCGGAUUGUGUUAUCUGAGGUGAUCAACAUGCUGCCCACGUAGAAAGGGAAUAAAAUGUCUCCUUGUUAUUGAUCUACUUGAUUCUAUAGCCCAAUUUUGACUGCAAAAUGUCUUUGCUUGUUAACUAAUUCUUCAUCACUUCAUGUAAAAAUACUGAAACGCUGUGAUUUUUUUUGUAAUAAAAGGUUUCGUUUUCCAA